UCCACAAACAAAAACGUUUACUUUGCUGUCGCCUAGUUAACGAAAUAUAAAAACCUGCAAUUUAAUACAUUUUUAAAUUAAAAUAUCUCAAAAAACUAAUUAUUCUAAAUAAAAAAUGGAAGAAGUGCAGAGACACAGUGUGCACACAUUGGUGUUUCGUUCGCUGAAAAGAACACAUGAUAUGUUUGUUUCCAAUCAAGGUGCUCUUCCGGAAAUUGAUGAAAAGCUAGACAAAAUGAGAAAAGCAAUAAAAGCUAGAGAUAGCUAUUCGCUCGUUUUUGAAAGAGUAAGUAAAGCAUUAGAAUUGAAACAGCUUAACCCCACAACAGGCGCUGAGGAACCCCAAAUACUCGCGAUUACUAAUGGACCAACUACUUCGGGAAGCAAAUCCAACGAUACUAAUAGUCAAGCAAUAGUACCGGUCACUGAGAAUUAUCAAUCAACUGUCGCUGGACUAAUUAAAACUACGACAACAACCACAAAUAGUGGAAUGCAAUUGAUACCUAAGAAAGCACCCAGCAUUCCAAAGCCAACUUGGCAUGCACCAUGGAAACUGUCACGAGUUAUAUCAGGUCAUCUUGGUUGGGUGCGUUGUAUAGCUGUAGAACCUGGAAAUGAAUGGUUUGCAACAGGAGCUGGUGAUCGUGUGAUCAAAAUAUGGGAUUUAGCUAGUGGAAAACUAAAGCUUUCCCUGACAGGUCAUGUUAGUACAGUUCGUGGAUUAGCCGUUAGCAAUAAGCAUCCCUAUCUCUUCAGUUGUGGUGAAGAUCGACAAGUGAAAUGUUGGGAUUUGGAGUACAACAAAGUUAUUCGUCACUACCAUGGACAUCUAUCAGCAGUCUACUCUCUUGCACUGCAUCCUACAAUCGAUGUCUUGGCCACAUCUGGACGUGAUUCCACCGCUCGAAUUUGGGAUAUGCGAACGAAAGCCAACAUUCACACACUCACCGGCCAUACAAACACUGUGGCGAGUGUUGUUGCACAAGAAUUCAACCCACAAAUUAUAACCGGCAGUCAUGAUUCCACAAUACGUCUGUGGGAUUUGGCAGCUGGUAAGAGCGUGUGCACCUUGACAAACCAUAAGAAAAGCGUUCGCAGUCUCGUCAUCCAUCCAAAGUUGUAUAUGUUUGCGUCCGCUUCACCGGACAAUAUCAAACAAUGGCGUUGUCCGGAGGGAAAUUUCGUGCAGAAUGUAUCGGGUCACAAUGCAAUUGUUAACUGCAUGGCUGUCAAUCAGGAUGGGGUUUUGGUAUCGGGCGGAGACAACGGUACCAUGUUCUUCUGGGACUGGCGAACUGGCUACAAUUUCCAAAGAUUUCAAGCUCCCGUCCAGCCUGGUUCAAUGGACAGUGAAGCUGGUGUUUUUGCAAUGGCAUUCGACCAAUCUGGAUCACGACUUAUUACUGCUGAGGCAGAUAAAACAAUUAAAAUCUACAAAGAAGACGAUGAGGCCACCGAAGAGAGCCAUCCUGUUAAUUGGCGACCGGACAUUCUUAAGCGAAGGAAAUUUUAAGCCGCUAUACUUUAAACACUUAAGUUUAUUAUGACAAAUUUAAUUAAAAAAAAGAACAUAAACGUUUAA